GCACCCGAGGCAUAUGGUAAUUCCCAGGCUAGGAGUGAAUCAGAGCUGCAGCUGACAGCCUACACCACAGCCACUACCACAGCCACAGCAACGCGGGAUCCAAGUCACAUCUGCAACCCACACCACAGCCGGAUCCUAAACCACCGAGUGAGCCCAGGGAUCGAACCCGAAUCCUCAUGGUUACCAGUUGGAUUCAUUUCCACUGUGCCAAGACAGAAACUCCCUAUGCUUCUUAGAAAUAAAAAACCAUUCAGUUUUCCAUCAGUGAGGAGAAUGUUCUGGACCUCUGGGAAGAACAGUGUCCAGGGAAGGAGGCCAAGGCAGUGGGCAAGAGGGCCGAGCAGGAGGCCAGGGACUGCCCGGGGGGCCCUGGUGCAGGCCCGUCCACGCCAUGGGGCAGGGCCUCCUGCAUGCUGGGCCCUGGGCCCACAGUCGCGUAGGAUGAGAGUGGGUGCCCUGGAAUUCCAGGCGAUGCCCUGAAUGAAGUGUGUUGAAAUGAGCCGAGUCCUGCCUGGCCCAGGCACCGAGCCUCCAGCCCCACCUCUGCCGAUGGAGCCCCUGGAGCUGGGCAGCUACCAUCCGUGCACCUGAGCACACGCCCAGACUCCCUUCAUCCCAAAAGGUGUCUGUCCUCCGGUGCAAAGGAACCACAGUCCAGGGUGCAACGAGAGCUCAGGGCACCCCGUUUUUCGUGUGCUCUUCCCAGCCCCACACCCCGGAGGAAGGCAGACGGAACAGCCCCGGCCACAUUCCUCCACCGGGGCCGCUGCAACCUCAGGCCCCAAGCCUGACCCACAUAGCUGGGGGUACGGAAUGCCCCACGGGGCCCUCAGAGCCCCGGAACUGGGGGGAUGGGGGGGCGGCACCAACCGAGAGUCUCACGCCCACCAAGGGCCCUCCCCUUGGGUCUCUGACCUGCCCAUCCCGGGAGGCCCAGCGGGAGCUGGGAACCGUGUGGAAAUCAGGCCAAAGGCGAGGCUGGCUCUGAACUCUCCAUUUACUGGACAGCAUCCAAACCAGGACACCUGCAUGCACCUGCCCAGCACUGACUCUCUCACCUGGUAAUUCUUUUUAAAGCUCAGGAAGAAUAGUAAGAGCCUAAGAGACACAGGAAUGAGACGAAAUCCUUCUGUGUUUGUUUUCUUUCCACCACCAUCUUCCUACCAAGAGUGGACCAGCACACACUCGGCCAAGUUUCCAGAAGGAAGAAGCCAACGGGGCCGGGAGGCUCUCCCGUGCGGGGCUGUCCUGGGAGGGCGACGGCGAUCCUGUCACAGGUGAAGACGUGAAGGGCUCCUGCAGGGCACGGCCAGCCAGGCAGCCCAUCUCAAGGCCAAAUGUAGAAAACAGAGCUUCAGUAUUUGCCCAGCCAUGGAAUUCACUUAACCUCCCGGCAUAAAAAGGAGAGAAUGCAUUUUGUGUGUCCCAGAAGGGGGCAAAAAUUCCCCUGGGGCCUCAUAUCUAGGAGGGGACCCAGCCCCGGGAACAGGUCAGGAUGGGACAGUGAGCCACGGGGAAGCGGCCGCAGCCAGGCGGGGCCGGCGGGCUUUGCGGGAAGGAGUCCAGUUUUGCUUCAUCCGUAAGUAAACAAGGUGGGUCUUGAAAGAUGAGUGAGAGCUUAUCCAGGGGGAGGGCAGAGUGGGGUUCCAGGCAGAAGCGGCCCACACCAGGCCAUGGGGCACCGGGAGAUGAGUCAGGCUGCGGAGGUGCCAGCUGGGCGGGGCUCCUGGGACUGCGCAGCAGGCGGGACCGCCGGGUUUAUAUCAGCACCCGGGCGGCCGGGCCGGCCCAGUGACCUGGCAGCAUGUUCUGUGCACUGCUUCUUCUGCCCGGGGUCCUGGGCACCGCCCUGGCCGGCCCCAUCUCUGGCCCCGAGGAGUGUGCCAAGGGCUCAGUGGUGUGGUGUCGGGACCUGCAGGUGGCGACAAGGUGCGGGGCCGUGGGGCAUUGCCGCAGCACUGUCUGGAGCCAGCCCACCGCCAAGACCUUGCCCUGCGAUGUGUGCCUGGACGUGACGGCUGCCGCCAGCAAUGGGCUGAACCCUGAGGCCACAGAGACGGACAUCCUGGCUUUGGUGAUGAAGACCUGUGAGUGGCUUCCCAGACAGGGGUCUUCGGCCAGAUGCCAGGGGAUGGCAGAGGCCCACGGCUCAGCCAUCCUGAGCAUGCUCCACGGGGACCCAGGCAGCGCCCCGGCCCAGGUGUGUGUGGCACUCACCCUGUGCCAGCCACUGCAGAGGAACCUGGCUGCCCCGGGGCCGCUUUCCAAGGAGGAUACAUCCAAGGGAGAGGCCCCAUUCAUGACCAAUGGGCCCCUCAGCUUCCACCCUGUGCGGACUGCUACGAGCUUGGUGUGCCAGGACUGCGUCCGGCUGGUCACUCAGCUCCAGGACGCCGUUGGGCCCAGCCUGUCCUCCCUAGCAGAGGUGACCACACAGGAGCAGUGCGAGUCCCUCGAGCCGAGCCUGGCUUCACUCUGCAAGAACUACCUCCGCCAGUUUUUUGCGCCCAUCAAGCAAACACUGAGGUUUGUCCCCCCGCACGAGGUCUGCAAGAAGGGGGGCUUCUGUGAGGAGCUGGAGGGACGGGGCCGCUUGGCUCACGUGGCUUCGGUGGACAGAGUCCCCUCCCUGGAGCUGGCGUCACCGAGGCAAGAGAAGGAGCUCCAGAUGGAGGCCGGCGUGAUCUGUGACGUGUGCCUGCAAGUGGUCCAGAAGCUGGGCCACUGGCUGGAAUCCAACAGCACCCAGGCCAUCAUCAUCCACGCCCUGGACCGCCUGUGCUCGGCCCUGCCCGCUCCCCUGGUCCGAGAGUGUGUCACCCUGGUGGACGCCUACAGCCCGACCUUGCUGGAGCUGCUGACCAGAGUCACCCCAAAAAAGCUGUGCACGGCCAUCUGGCCGUGCAGCAGACGGCGGUGGGCCCGGGACGUCCCGGAGCCCCCUGCGACCCUGCUGCCCCCCCUGCUGGACAAGGAGAGGCACGGCGCCUUCUGCAACGGGUGCAGGCGGCUGCUGGACCUGUCUGCCCGCAACCUGGAGCAGAGGAGCACCAGGCAGGUCCUCCUGAGGACGUUCAAGGGCGGCUGCAGCAUCCUGCCGCUGACCUACAUGACCCAGUGCAACCGCUUCGUGACCGAGUACCAGCCCCUGUUCAUCGAGACGCUCAGGGACAUACUGGACCCCAUGACCCUGUGCACGAAGAUGGGCGCCUGCCACAGGCCCAGGACCGCGCUGCUGGGCACCGACCAGUGCGUCAUGGGCCCGAGCUUCUGGUGUGAGAGCCCGGAGACGGCUGAGAUGUGCAACGCCGUGGAGCACUGCCAGCGCCACGUGUGGAAAGUGUCGCCCUUCCACACCUGAGAGCACGCGUGACCCGGCCGCCCGAGACCCGGCUGGGGCCAGCACCCCCCACCCCGCGGAGGCCCUCGUCUCCUUGAACCCCACAAGGACCCUAUGAGGUGGGUGCUGUCCCCACCCCCAUUUCACAGAUGAGAAACUGAGGCUCAGAGCAGGGAGGGUGGAAAGAAGCAGAGUCUGUCUUGACCACCGGGCCCCGUGGCUUGGCCCUGGCACGCGUCACCCAUGGCCUGGGAUGAGGGGAUCGUGCCUCCCCCGAUUCCCCAUCACUGUGCUGUUGCUGGUGGUGUGGGGCCUGGCAGUGGCCGCUGGUGCCCCCUCUUCACCUUGGUGACGGGGGCAUGGCUGGGGUGAGCGGUGGCAGGGAGAGGAGGGGAGGAGCGGGACUGUCACGGGCGGAGGGCCGUGCCUGUUUGACCAGUUGGGGAGGGGACCAGGUCUCAUCCACAGCCACCAUCACCUGCUCAGGCCAGAGCUGCUCUCUGGGGUGGCCUCGAAAUGCACAUGAGGUGUGAGUAUCUGUAAAUCUUCCUGGGGAGCAGGUGGGGCUUCGCUCACAUGCUUCGAGGGGUUUCUGGGCUCCAAGCGGCCCACAGCAGGACCCCUCCCUGUACCCCAGGCUUAGGCCGCCCUAGUGACAGGCAGGAGGCACCCUGCGCCCUAAGCAGGGAGAGGGAAGAAAGCAGGCCGGGCGCUGGGCAGGCUGAGCAGACCCCUCCCCCUGUCGGAGCCUCGGCUUUCUCAUCUGUAGAAUGGGGGUGAUCACACCUGUCUCGUGGGGACAUCGAGACAAUGUGAGGAGAUGUCUGCGAGCUUCCUCCCCCCAAAGGACCAGCAUCCAUCCGUCUGCUGGGACCAGCAAGACCCAGCUCAGGGUCCCCAGAAGCAUCUGGCUAUGCAAGUGCUAAAUAAACUGCAGGCUUCCUCCAAA